AAAAAAGGGACAUUCUCUAAUUUUAUUCGAUUCGUUGUUUCGGUUUUUGGCACGUUUCGUUUCGCUCAAAACUUUUCGGUAUUUCUUUCCGCAAUAUUCCGGCACUCAACUUUUCGUACUUUCAAUCAAGUGCAUUUUCCAAUUUUCUUUCCCAAUCAAAGCAAAAUCAAUACCUAAAAAAAAAGAGAAGAAAAUGGCCAGCGCUGAGAUCCAAAUCCCUGAGCCAUCGGUGUUCGAACCAAACAAGUUUUUGCAGAGCCGCCUCGAGCUGCAAGCUCAAGCGCAGUCGCCGCAAUCGGCACAUGAUGCCAAGCAGGAGCUGCAGAAGCCACGGGAUCAGGAGCUGGAAGGAGCUAAUAAUAAAAGUGUGCCCGAGCAACAAAACGAGCAAACAUACAAAAUCGAAUAUAAACAUCCACUUGAGCAUGUCUGGACGCUGUGGUAUCUGGAAAACGAUCGCACCAAGCACUGGCGGGACAUGCUCAAUGAAAUAACACAGAUUGACAGUAUCGAAACAUUCUGGAGUUUGUACUACACUAUCAAAACACCAUCGGAACUCAAGGUUAACUGCGAUUACUAUAUGUUCAAACAGGGCAUUCAACCCAUGUGGGAAGACGAGGCCAACAUCAAAGGUGGUCGCUGGCUUUUCACAAUGGGCAAGAGCUCGAAGGAUGCCCUCGAUCGCGUUUGGCUGGACAUCUUGCUCAUGAUGGUGGGCGAAUCCUUCGAGUACGCCAGCGACAUUUGCGGCGCUGUCGUCAACAUACGCGGCAAAAGCAAUAAGAUUUCUGUCUGGACUGCGAAUCACACAAAUGAAUUGGCUGUCUUGGAGAUUGGCUUUAAGCUGAAAACAUUGUUGCAUCUACAGUCGCAUAAUUUGCAAUAUCAACUGCAUUCGGAUGCCAUGUCAAAAAUGAAUUCAGGAGUUCGAUCUGUAUAUAGCCUGUAAAGUAUUCUACUUUGUAUAUUUACAGAUUAGGAUGGACAGCUGAGAUAAGAUUCACGUAAUUAUGCAAUGCAUGUCGUUGAAGAAUUGUGCAUGUAGUAUAUGAAAUUAUUCUGGCAUCAGCCAAAAUUGUACACAUUGAAAUUCCAGCAAAUUCUGUCACAAAAAAUGCGUGUUCAUAUAGAUUAUACAAAUAAAAUUAUUCGCCGUAAAAUCGGUAAAACAGCA